UCAUCGGCCCCUCGGAGGUGGCGGGACGGGAUCCCUGCGGUCGGACCCACGACGGGCCCCGAAGAGCAGGGCUGAUGGACACCUUCAGCACCAAGAGUCUGGCACUGCAGGCCCAGAAGAAGUUCCUAAGCAAGGUGGCGUCCAAGGCGACAGUGGCCGUGUUCAUCGACGACACAAGCAGUGAGGUACUAGAUGAGCUAUACCGCGCCACCAAGGAGUUCACACGCAGCCGCAAAGAGGCUCAGAAGGUGUUCAAGAACCUGGUCAAGGUGGCCGUGAAGCUGGGCGUCCUGCUCCGGAGUGGCCAGCUGGGCGGGGAGGAGCUGGCGCUCCUGCAGCGCUUCCGCCAGAGGGCGCGCCGCCUGGCCAUGACAGCUGUCAGCUUCCACCAGGUGGACUUCACCUUUGACAGGCGUGUGCUGGCCACCGCUCUGCUCGAGUGCCGGGACCUGCUGCACCAGGCUGUGGGCCCGCACCUGACCGCCAAGUCCCAUGGGCGCAUCAACUAUGUCUUCAGCCACUUUGCCAACUGCGACUUCCUGGCCGUGCUCUACAGUCCAGCUGAGCCCUAUUGCACCCACCUGCGCCGGGUCUGCGAGGGGCUCACCAGGAUGCUGGACGAGGACAGCAUAUAACCCGUCUUCGGUUUUCCUGCUGGGGGUUGGGGAUUUAUGGGUUUACUUUUUUUAUGACUUCUUUUAUCCCAUCUGAUUCUAGCCAAACUCCCCAGACAGAUGACCCAUCCCCUUUCAGGGGAUGCUAAGCAGUUGAAAGCAGCCGUUUAUGGACCCGUGUUACCUCCCCCACCUCAUCUCGCUGGGAGAGGAAUUCAGCACAGAAACGGGCACAGCCUGUGUGGCCAGUGGCCUCCCCGUGCACCUCCAGACCUCUCCCUGCUCUAGUCCACCUGUCCUGAACCACGAUCAGUGAACGGCACCUCUCAAAUCACUGGAUGUCAUCUGAAAGCUGGUGAUGCCCACUUAACGUUGUAACCUGGGCUUUUUAAUUCCUUCAGAUAGGAAUCGUACUGAACUGGAAGAAAGUUAUGGGGUGAGCAUUAUCUCCCCACCCCAAAUUCUUUGAAGUCCUAACUCCCAGGACUUCUGAGUGUGCCCAAAAUUGGGAAAUAGGGACAUUGCUGACAUAGUUAAGAUGAGAUCACAGUGGAGCAUGGUGGGCCCCUAACCCAAUAUGAGGGGUGCUUCUAAAGGGAGAGCUUUGGACACAGGAGAAUGCCAUGUGAAGGGAGAGGCAGACAUCGGGGGGCUGUGCUACAAACCAAGAAACACCAAGGAUUGCCAGCAACCCCAGCAGCAGGGAGAGAGGCCUGGAACAGCCUUCUGUAGGAACCAGCCUGGCUAACCCUCGAUCUGACUUCUGGCCUCUACACAGCUGACAAAACAAGUCUCGUCUCUUAGCCACCCGGCCCAGGGACUGAGCACAGGGAGCCGUGAAGAGGGUUGCAGUGGGUACUGGUGUAUGGGUAGGACACCUUGGUUUGGAAUCCUAGCUCUGACUCCCAGGGGGGAGGGAACAGAGUGCACCCCCUUACAGGGUGCAAGGGUAAAGCCAUCUGAGAUUGGUGAACCUUUUUUAAUGAUCAUUUCAUGUUUGGAAAACAAACAUACCAACAAACCUUUUUCAGACUUCAGAAAGCAAACUCAACAAAUCUUUGCUUUGGGGACACCCAAAAGAUGGUGAUUCUCAACUUGGGGCAUGGGUGGAUAUGUGCGGUGUGGGAGUGCAUUUGCAGAUUUUGUCAGAAGGGGGCAUGGGUUGUAAAACAGGGCUAUAGGUCCUGCCACGUCAGGGUCAGGAAGGUUAUUGCAGGUGCCCGAGGGGGAACGAUGUCCCGUGUCUGUUUUACAGAACUGUGUCUAGUUUGUUCAGGGCAAAGGUUGCAAACAGGAAGCCUAUAGGCCUUGCUCGGCCAGAUGUGUUUGCUUGCCCCCACCCAGUGCUUGAGCCUUCUGGAAUCAGUUGACAACAUUUAAAACUGAGGAAUUGCACGUGCCAAUCUAGAUUUGGAGUUUCUCUCAAACAUUUUGCUAAGCCUGCAUUGCCUGCUGGUGAAGCUGCAUAGAGGUGGCCCAUCUCUGCUUUGCCACAGUCCCCACCAUUCCCUUUUGCAUCUCCCUGGCCUAUUGCGCUGGCUGAUAAGAUUAUGACCCCAGAUUGGGGUCAGCCUUUCUGUGGUUUGGUUUCUGCUUCCUUGAAGAGACCAAAGCCUUUCACCUGAGAGCCAGCUGUUCCUACCUCCUACUCAUGGUUCUUAGGCCAACUUUCCCUCUUACCUCUCCAGUCAAGAGAUAAUCUUCAUAUUCAAGAGCAAACGUGCAUUUUGAGUAUCCCGAGAAGCCCCAGAUGAAAUCCUCUGCCCUUGGCUCUGCUGACUGAAGUUAUCAAUAUGCAUAAUGAUUGUACUUGUUUC